AUGGCUACACCUGAAAUAGAAGCGCAGUUGGCUCCACUUCGGAUCGCUGUCAAGGAGUAUGGAGACCUGAUCCGUGAGCUGAAAGCAAAUGGUGCUCCGAAAAUCGAUAUAGACAAAGCGGUCCUUGAAUUGAAAGCGAGAAAGAAGAAGCUAGAAGACACGGAGGUAGCCCUUGCCCCAAAGGAAGCAUCAUUUGACCGUUUAAAGCUCGAAGAUCUGCUCAAGCGUCGUUUCUUCUACGACCAGUCGUUUUCGAUAUAUGGAGGUGUCACAGGACUGUUAGUUUUCAAUUGCACAUGUUCUUUUUUCAUACGAUUUCGUCCAAUGGGGUGCGCUCUUAAGGCAAACAUGCUGCAAGAAUGGCGUAAACAUUUUGUUCUCGAAGAAGGAAUGCUUGAAGUGGACUGUACGUCGCUCACACCUGAGGCAGUGCUCAAAGCUUCUGGGCAUGUUGAUCGUUUCGCCGAUUGGAUGGUGAAGGAUGUUAAAAAUGGAGAGUGUUUCCGAGCUGAUCAUCUUAUCAAGAAUGCAGCGGAGAAGAUCAUUGCUGAUAAAAAAGCGGACGAGGCUACCAAAUCCGCGCUGCAGGAUGUUUUGGCUCGCCUUGAAGGAUUCGAUGACAAGGACAUGCAGGAAGUGAUAACGAAAUUCGGCUUCAAAUCACCAACUACCGGAAACGAUUUGACCCCUCCAAUCGCUUUUAAUCUUAUGUUUCCAUCUCAAAUAGGACCAACGGGAGAUUUCAAGGCAUAUUUGCGUCCAGAAACCGCCCAGGGUAUAUUCGUCAAUUUCAAGCGUCUUCUAGAAUUUAAUCAAGGCAAACUACCGUUUGCUGCUGCUCAAAUCGGUCUUGGAUUCCGUAACGAGAUCUCACCACGUCAGGGACUCAUCCGUGUCCGCGAAUUUACUAUGUGCGAAAUUGAGCAUUUUGUUGAUCCAAAUGAUAAAACUCUUCCGAAGUUCAAGAAGGUAAGUUCUUAUCCGAUGGUGCUGUUCUCCGCCUGUAAUCAAAUGGACGGACAGCCGGCUGUAUCGAUGACUAUAGGAGAAGCAGUAGAAAAGGUAGGACGAAUAGUGCAUUCUUUAAAUGCACAUGCUUGCAUUGAAAAGGCAAUUACCCUUCUGUUUUUACGAUUUACUGAACCAGUUCAGGGUGUUGUGGCGAAUGAAACGUUAGGAUAUUAUAUGGCCCGCACGCACAUGUAUUUGGUCAAGGUUGGGGUGGAUUCACGGCGUCUCCGUUUCCGCCAGCAUCUCGGAAAUGAAAUGGCGCAUUAUGCUCAGGACUGUUGGGAUGCUGAAAUUCUGACCAGUUACGGGUGGAUCGAAUGUGUUGGUAAUGCCGACCGCUCAUGUUAUGAUCUUACGCAGCACUCAAAGGCCACGAAUACCAAGCUGGUAGCUGAGAAGAAACUGGAUGAACCGCGAACGGUGAAUGUUGUGGAGGUUGUUCCAAAUAUGGCAAUAUUAGGAAAAGAAUUCAAAAAAGACGCGAAGAGGAUUCAAAUAGCUCUUGCGCAAAUGUCUGAGGAAAACAUUGAGAAUCUUGAGAAGCAGAUCCAAGCAGAGGCGUUCAAGUUGAAAGUGGAUGAUGAUGAGUUUUCGUUGACUUCAAACAUGUUAACGGUGAAGAGGUCGACAAAGACGGUUCACGUCGAAGAGAUCACUCCAUCAGUAAUUGAACCAUCGUUUGGAAUAGGUCGUGUCAUGUACGCUGUUCUGGAGCACUCGUUCAGACAACGAGAGGGAGAUGAGCAACGAACGUUCCUUGCUUUACGACCACUGGUGGCGCCAAUAAGUGUUCAGUGCUGCCGAUAUCUGCAAAUGAAAGGCUCAAUCCGAUCAUUGAAGCAGUUUGCGAGGAACUGA